AUCUAGUUUCUAAAACUCAGGUAAAAAUGGCUUCUUUCAUGAUGUAAGAGAGCUUCGGGGUAACUAGGGUGGGGAAGAAGAAAAGGAUGUUAUAUCAGUGGAGCCUAUUGCCAUGAUAGUGUCGCCGGAGUUGCAUGAUUUGCCUAGAACCAUCACGCCGGAGAGUAAUUCUAGUUCGAGCGCAGGUGGUGGUUCUGGUGACCACCGUUCUUCGACUUCCAACGAUUCGUCCACGAAAGAGACACCCAGGUGGGAGAGUAAGGUUAUCAGCGGGAGACUGGAUAACCUUCGUAAAGCCCCCAAAACGCUACCUGCUGGCUUUAGGUUCAGGGCGGCAUUGCAUCAUAAAGUUGUAGAUGGCCCGGCGACAGUGAAGUGGUACAAAAAGUUGGAGGAAAUGGUGAGACAAUACCAGAUCCCCAGAACCAUCUUGAUCCGAGCUAGGACACAAAACGAACAGGCGUGUACAGUAUCGAGGACGGGUUGGGUGCCAGUAUACGUAGACUAUUUUGAUGCCGAGGUUGGAAAUGCCAACAAAGGUGGUGGUCUUCAAGUCGCUCUUCCUGUGCCGUCUAUGCCCUUCCACCAGUUGAACAAAAUUGAAAGGAUGAAUAACAAGCUUGCCGCCCGUAUAUCAGAGUGGUAUACACCAAAUGCAUAUAUGAACUACCCUCAGCUGUCUCUUGGUGAUGUCGACUUGAAGAACAGAGUGCUAGAUCUUGUUAAGGCAAGGGGUUUAGUGGAUUUGGAAGCCUUGGUUACCCCGGAGCAGCUUGUGUUACUUGGGUUUGUCGACGUGGCAAACCUGCAUGCCGAAGGAGAAAUGAGCAGCAUAUUGGAGAGACAACGUCAACAAGCACAAAGCUCGAGGAACCGUGGAGCUGGGUCUGGUUCCCAACGGCAAACCUGGUUCGACGAGCGACCACUUACUGCACCAGGGCGUAGUUCGUCCCACAGAAGUUCAAGCUACCAAGACAUCGUGCCGAGCAAAAAUUUGACACUACGCCCUCAGCCCACCUCAGCCGCUGUGACGUGGUCUGCCAACAUGCCCCCGGCGUCGGCACGUGAGGUUGCUGAACCAGCGCCUGCCCCGUCAUCUGUAUCAAGGCCAAGAAUUGCAUACCCUGAAGGCUUCAAUUAUGUUAGAAUUGGCUACCAAGUCGCCAUGGUCAACGAGUUGAGAGAGGAGUUGGAAAAAGCUCAGGCAAAGAAGGAAAGUGGCAGUCAAGCUGCCAAGGAGGAGGCCAGCUGUGCUGAAGACCGGGCCAAAAAGGCGGAAUCAGAUAGGGAGAAGGCUUUUCACGAGCUAAACUCCCUAAAAGAUAUGGUUGUGGAAGCUAAUCAGCAUGUCGCCCGUGUUGAGGCGUCUUUGGAGCAAAGUAAGAGGCACCACCAACACGCUAUCUGCUUUGCUCGAGCACAAGGAGCUGAGUGGCUGGUUGGAGCAGACAUCUGGCCUUCUUCGAGGGGGAGGAGAUGGACGAACAAGGAAAGAGCCUCGCCCCUCCAGCUGACACCUAGGGGGGAGGAUACUGAGGGUUUGCCAAGCUUUGAUGCUUGGGUGGUAGAGCCCCAAGAAGUACCUGCUGAGCCGUCUAACAUUCCCCCAGCCUCUCAGCCCGCCGCUGCUCCUACUCUCUCUCCUCUAGAUUGGUCAUCUCCUGCUCGAUUUAUUGCUGCGCGUACUGACGUGUCUAUCUUCGUCAACCUGACGAAUGACUAGCUUAGGACUUUCUUUAUUUCUUUUGUAUUUUUGUAUUGAUUAGUGGAUCCAUUCAUCAUUUGAAUUUCCAUUUCUUGUACUUCAAAUGUAAAGAACAUUAAUGGGAAUACAAAUUUGAAGAUUUU